AUCAAUUUAAUGUUUAAAUUCUCUCAAGUAAUUUAGAUAAAGAAGAAGUGCACUACUGUAAACUGUCAUUUACAGUACCUGACAAAAAGUAUCCAACCAUGUCUGAGGCACCGAAAAAAUCAAAGAUCUCUGCAUCUCGCAGAUUGGCUCUCAAGACCAAACUGCUGAAAAUGGCAUCUAUGAUGUUGGAGAAGGAGAAGGAGGAAAAGAAGCUGGAAAGAGAAACUACUUUAAGUGAGAGAGUCCCUCCACUCCAGCUCUCUGGUUUGUCCAUGCAGGACCUUCAGGCUCUGUGCAAAGAACUGCACCAUAAGAUUGAUGUGGUAGAUGAAGAGCGCUACGACAUUGAAGCCAAGGUGGCUAAAAAUAACAAGGAGAUUGAGAAUCUGUCUCAGAAGAUCUUUGAGCUGAAGGGUAAAAUGAAGCGACCUGCUCUCAAGAGGGUGAAGAUCUCAGCUGACGCCAUGCUGGGGGCUCUGCUGGGCUCUAGGGUCAAAGAGUCCGUGGACUUCAAGGCCAACCUCAAGACUGUAAAGAAGGAGGAGGAGAAGAAAGAGGAGGUGACUGACUGGCGUAAGAACGUGGAGGCCAUGUCUGGUAUGGAGGGCAGGAAGAAGCUGUUUGAUGCCGGGCAAUAGAUUUGUAUUUAUGGACAUUUUAAAUACGAAUCCUGUUUUACAAUGGAUGAGAAAAGAGAUGAAAAUAGUGUUGAUGUAUUGUGUGUAAUGAUGCACACAAUUAGCAAGCCCACAGUGUAUAUUUGAGUGUGAGUGUGUGUACAGACUUCACGUUUGCAAUAUGCAAAAUUAAGAUUCAAAGGAAGGGAAUUGUGUAUAUUUUGCAUAUAGACAAAUUGCACUUUGUCCUGUUUUAUAGUGUUGGCAGCAAAUUUAACAUUUUUAAUUACAUACACU